AUGAACCAAGCAUGGCAGAACGGCCAGCCCAACAUGUUCCCCGGCCAGCCCUCCCACCUUAACCCGCAGUCCAUGUACAACGCCGGCUUCGACGUCUCCCAGUUCACCAACGGCACGCCCUCCCACACCGGCACGCCCCAGCCCGGCCAGCAGUUCGCCAAUCCCUCGCAGACCUUCAACCCAGGCUCGGUCGUUCCUGCCAAACGGCCGCACGAUGGCAUGUCAGGCUCGCCGCAGCAGAACCCCCAACAGUCGCGAUCGCAAACACCCUCCCAAUACCCCAACUUCAGCCAGCAAGGCCAGUUCCCCAACGCGCCGACUCCAUAUCAACACCUCCAACAACAGCCUGGCUCGAACAAUGCCACCCCUUCGCCGACUAUGCAGAACCAGCCAUUUCGCCCGCCGGCGCAACAACGAAUGAACAACGCGUCCCCGAGCCCUUUCCCCAACCAGCAACAACAACAGCAGCAGGUCAAUUUCGGCAAUCAGAUGUCACCCACUGGCACCCCGCAGCCGGGUAAUAUGCAGCAGCAGGGCAACAUGGGACAGUUUGGUCAGCAGUUUGGUGGAAUGAAUCCUGCCAUGUCAAUGGCUGGCAUGCCCAGUUCGAUGCCAGCGCAGAUGAACAACAUGGGCAACAUGCAACCGAACGCGCAAAGGCAGUACCAAUUGAAGCUGAUGCAACAUCAACAACAAUUGCGCGCGAGUGGCAUGAUGGGACCGCGAGCUGUGGGUGGCCAACCCAACCAGAUGAAUAACUUUGGUGGUCAGGGUGGCCAACAGCAAGGCGCACAGAUGGCUAAUGGCCAAGCUGGUAACAUGCAAGCCCAGCAAAUGGCACAGCUUAAGAAGAGCCAGUUUCUGAAACAAUUACACAACCACGCGCAGCAACAAGGCCGACAGUUCAAUCCUGCGCCGACAAUAGGUGGAAAGCAGGUGGAUCUCUACACACUCUGGACUGUUGUCACAUCAAUAGGCGGCUCCCAGGCCGUCGAACGAAAUGGCCAAUGGCAAGCGGUUGCCGCGAAAAUGGGCUUUUCCCAGCCACAAUUUCCCACUGCGCCGGAGGAGAUCAAAAUGAUGCACGCCAGAGAUAUUGGACAGUACGAGCGACUAUGGUUCCAAAUGAAGAUGCAGCAGAAGCAGGAACAGGCGAGAAUGCAUGCGCAGCAGAUGGCCGGCUUCUCAAGUGGGCAGCAAGGAUCUCCCACCAAGACGAUGCCAGGACAGCAGAACCAGUUCCCACCUCAAAUGCAACAAGGACAGCAGAAUCAGCAACAACCACAAAGCACACCAGUCCAGGCCAAUGCAACUUUACCUCAGAACGGCACAUCGACACCUCAGCAAAUGAUGGGAGCCGCAGCUGCGAUGCAUCACCGACGAAACAGUAGUCUGAGGAAGCCUGAACAGAUGACGCCGCAAGCAGGAUCGCAACCUGGCAUCACGGCGUCUCCGCUGGUUAACAAACAGCCAAGACCGCCCUCUGCCAAGCAGGAAGCUCCUGGUCCUGUGAUGAAGAGUGAUGAGCCGCAAAGUACGAACUACGUGCCUCACGCCCGAUCAAUUGAAGCCGAUGGUGGAUACGAUAUUCCUGCUCUGUACGAUUUGGGGUCGCAAAUAUCUCGGGCGAUUCCCAACCACCCGAGCGUGGACGAGAUGGGCGUGAUCGAUACCAAAGCCAUCACAUUAAGUCUUGCUUCGGGUAUCCAUGCGGAAGUGCGGUAUGCGCUGGAUACGCUAGUCAUCAUCUCGCACGACACACGAGUUGCGUUGAAUCUGAACAAUUGCGAAGAUCUGCUGGAUGUGAUCGUGGACUGUGCCGACGACCAGGCUGAAACACUAUCCGACGAUGCAGUGGAAGUCUCAGACGCAUUGGAUCUGCCGACGUAUGAAGAUGUGAUGCGCUCCGCCAAAUUGGAAGCCGACACUUUGCAAGACGUGCCUGAAUUCGGGACACAUGCGUACGAUCUCGAUCGAGCGGCAGACAAGGUCAUUGCCGUAACGACGAUACUUCGCAACUUCUCUUUCUACGAAUUCAACCACCAAUUGCUCACCUCAGCGGGUGUGAUCAAAUGGCUCAGCAACACAAUACGGCUCCUCGGCACGCGAAACAUGCUCCUCAGGACGUAUUACAACACCCAGGACUUCUACAAGGACAUUAUCAUUUUCCUAUCAAAUGUGACGCAGAGCCUGGAGCUAGCGUCACGGGAUGACGCUCUCCACAUACUCCACUUCUUGCUGUCUUUUGCACCGCAACCGGCUCCUUCAUAUUCUGAGAGCGGCGGAAAGGUGCGGAUUCCAAGUUUUGUGCCUUCAAACCACAAAUACCUCCCUCCAGCCAUUGACUGUCUUGCCAAGCUUCUCGCGCGUCAGGAUCCGAAUCGCCAACUCUACAAGAGUAUAUUUACAGCCUCGAGCUCGUCAUUCGCCGUGUCAGAGUCGCCACUUGAUUUGCUAACCCGAGCUUUCGCCCUUGCGAUUUCUGUGCUUCCAGAUCGAACGAAAGGAUCACUGGGAAACACGACUCAGCUGCGGAUUGUGGAAGCCCGUAAGGCAUAUCUGACCCAAGGUAUGCUGGCAGCUGACAUCUUGACAACACUCGCACCGAGCAAUGAUACCAAGCUUGCACGGGCUUGGAUUGAGAGUGAAGAUGGAUGGGCUGUUGGUCUUCUCAACCUGGCUGCACUCCUUUCUGUCGACCGCAACCAGACCACUGGCCAAAAAGGGCGUGAAAUCGGCAUGGACACCGAAAGCUUCAAGCUCAUCACCUAUCGAGCUCUAACAAUGAUGAAGCGUCUUGCGGAGAAAGCCGGCAAGGGGAGCGUCCAGAAUCUCCAGCAGGCUCUGACAGCAAACGGCACGAUCAACGGCGAGACGAAUGGUGUACAUCACAACAACGACGACGACACUGAUCCGCUUCACGGCCAGCCAAAAUGGGAGGGCAUUCCUCAGGGGCACGCGAUUCUAGGAGCACUGAUGAUGCCAAACACCGACAAGGUGGCUUUAGGGCUUUUGUGUGGAUUGCAUGAGAUGGCGAUGCAGACGUCCUAG